UGCGCGCGCCACGAGCGUAUGUGUUUGUCGUAUAUCAUUGUUCAUCUCAUACAAAAUACAACAAUAUAACCCAAAAAUAUUCAUACAGAUCACCAAAACAUUGAUAAAUAUAAAGUGUAUGUGUUAAAUGAAGUGCUUUCUGUUAUGAAUUGUGAAUAAACUGCAAGAAACUAGUGGUAAUGACAAGAAGCUUUGCACAGCGUCCUAGUAUCUUGAAUAAUGAUAUAAAACAACAUUUUGUACGGCGAUAAAUCGGUCGUAACUGGGCUGUUUAAUCGGUAAUGUGCUAUCAGACCCACGGUAAAGAUAGGGGUUAUUGAUAUAAAAUAAAUUUUGAGUGAAAUAAGUGUGAACAGUUAACAUGAUAUUAAAGUGAAAUAUACAAUUUUUAAAGAUUAAAAAUUUGUCAAUUAUAAAAUGAAGUGUAGAGUUCAUUUUCCUGGCCAAUGAGAUUGUAUGGAAUAUGGCACGGCAGAGGCCGACUACAAGGCACUUUCAUAACCAGCCUGAACUGCGGCGUGGAGACAGUUGCGGGCUCAUGCUGAGAUGGAUCUUCUUAGGCUGGCUGGCCAGCUGUGGGCCGCUGGGGAACACCGUAAAACAAGAUGGUUGCACCUUUCCAUCUCGUUGGCAAGGCAAAUGGUUCCAAUCUGGUGUGAUCCAGCCGAUCGUCAUCGAAGGUAACAUCCUUUCGAAUAAAGGACGCUGCCUGUCUUCUGAAGGGGACAAGUUCCUAAUAGUGGACGAGAAAGGAUGCUAUCGCUGUGUCGUAAUGCACGAGAAGCAUAUUAAUGUUCUACAGUAUAAAGAAACAUUCUGUCAUCGUCGUGAUGCACUCCCUCAUCUGUGUUCCUUGAUCACUGGCGACGCUCUCCUUUACUCAAUGUUCAGAGAAAAUGCUGAGCCGGUCGACUGUCCACUAAAAGCGCCAUUUUCCUUUACAUACAACAGAGGUCAUGGUGACUGCAAGUUUCCAGCAUCGUCCAUAGAGAGCUGUACCGAGGAUUCCAGACUUCUCCUGAAUUAUCAAGCGUGUCCGGACGUCUAUGGAUCGGAAAGUACCGUUGAAGAGUUAGAGUGUCUUGCGACGUGGAAGGAGGGGAGUCUCAGGUUCCUGGUGGGGAAACUCCAUCAUAACCACGCCACGAGCAAUGAAGACCGCUACAGAUGUUUUGUCUACGAGAAGACAAAUGGUAUUGGUUCAGCUCCUGGGUUGAAAGAUAAUCCUGUGAUGCCUGGUGGAGUGGAAUAUAGAGUGGCUCAAUCUGGUGAUGCAACUUGCAAUGGUCUGUUCAGUGCUACUGAAGGUUCUAGAACCAUGGCGUUAAAAAGAGUUUCAGUAAAAUUCAACUGUCAAUUCCCCUCCUGGAUGACAUUCUCUCACACGUGGCACACCCUGGACUUUACGAGUAACUACACGUUCUACCAACGAAAUGCGACGCUCCGUAUAACGAACCAUACUGGUGCUGAGGUCAAAGUAUUCUGCGUUAACGUGAAGGCUAGUUCGCCGAGUGGAAAUUCUGUCGCAUUGGUUGCGCAUUGGCAACACCAUUGCGUCUCUCGCUACGUUUGCGUGGUAUUAUACCGACGCGAUACGUAUAUUGCUGAACUCCAACGCGGAUCCCCGACAUCCAGACCUGAUGAAGCCUGUUCUCCUCACCAUUUUAAUGCUGUUACCGCACCUUACAUUACAUUAGUUGCAAGCAAUCCGGAAUCCAAGGAGUGCCCAUAUUCUGGGAAAUACACAAUCUCUAACCACAGACACCAGAGAAGCAUAUCAAGUAACCACAGACUACGAUCGCGAAGAGAUAACCCCGUAGAUUAUAAUCAUAGAGUGAACAGUUCGAGAAUGUUCAAUUUUAGCCUUAGGAAUAUAUCAGAGAUGCCAAUUCUGAGGAGUAAGAGAAAUGAUGAAAUAAGUUGUGUCAGCAGUACAUAUAGCAAGCUGGAAGUAGGGUGUAACACAGCUAAGAAUAUGGAAUUUUAUUCAACUUGUGAUAAUAAAGAAUUAGUUACAGCUUAUACAUGCCACGGUGGAUGGUACGAGAACGGCGCAUCAUUCGUAGUAACGACACCCGUGACGCGUGACAGUACGGCAGCGAGACGAUACUGCUUCGUAUCGCGGGAUGCGAGGGACGGGGUCCUCGCUGUGGGGCAAAGUGCCACCAACUGCGAACGUGGUGUCGAUCCGGAGCCUUUGUUGUUUGACGCUUCGUUUACUGGUAAAUGUCAGGACGAAACCAAUAAGCAGCCACUUAUAAGAAUACCGUCUCCUUAUAUCAUCUACAUCGCGCCCAUUGUUCUUCAUUACAUUAUACCAAGAUGAUGGAUGACAUAAGUCACUUGUCAAAACUUUUUACCCUAUUUUUAGCUGGCACCUAACUUGGUAAGACUUCGCUCGUACUUUUUAUUAGCAUCCUUAAACUCCUGCGCAACUUUUGCCAACUUAUGUGCGGCAAAGGCUUUAAAACAUGGACUAAAUGAAUCAUGUAUAUUACAAGUAAUUUCUACGAAUGUUUUUUAAUCAUUAUAGAUAAACUUGACUAAGUUACUUUUUACUAAGUAUUAAAUAAUAAUACUAAUUCCACAACCGCUUUAAAUCAUUGUAUAGACUUGUUACCAUGGUAACCUAGAUCUUUUAGUCCACGUUUUAAGUUCUUAACUAUACUAUACUUAUGGAAAAUAGGUGCAUUUUUCAUUGUAUCAUUAAAGUUCAAUCAAUAUGUAAAAAUAUUUUUUUAAGUAGCCUAAGUAUUAUUAAUUUUAUUCAUCAUCACACAUCAUUUCUCGAAACUGAUUUGUAUGAAUUGAAAUUAUUAUAUAAAUGAAAUUAUUACAGCUUUUACAUAUAAAGCAAAAACCUUUUUUAAAAAAUCAGUCUUUUUACACUGUUCUCUGUGGGCGUAUUACAAACUAAAGAGUCAUGUCUCAAUUGCAUUUUCCACAUCUGCUGACAGAAACUGACAUUAAUCUUCUAUAGUCGCGUUCAUCUUUACGGAAGGUAUCUUUCUCCAUUCCCCAGUCUUCAACAAACCUUAGGCGUUUAACGUUUUUGCUGUUUCGGCUCGCACUGCCCCUCCGACCCUCACCGGAGAGCGAUCUAUUUGGAAAGCAUAUUGGCGUAGUAUACUGUGAUUUGGGAGUAUACUUGGAGGGGAUUAGAGUUUUUAGUUUGAGUUUGGCCAUCAAUAAUGACGCCCUUAGGAUCUUAGCUUGAUUGGCUCAGCAAUUGUGGUCUACCAGUCACCGCAAGCUUCCACAAGUUAUCAGAACCUCUGCUAUGUACGUACCCUGUAGAAAGGCGGGAAAGCUUAAUACAGCUCAAUAAUUUGUAUUCUAUACUUGAUGAAAAUAGUGUAAUAAGACGGUUUUUUAUUAAUUAGGGUGAAACUUAGGGGGUUGAGUGUUGGUGAAAAUGGUUGUGAAUAAACAUUCAAAUUCCGAGAUUGAAAAAUUUUAAUGACAGCUUUCUUAUCAAAGUAGAAAAAAACAUAAAAUAGCAAUAAUUUUGUUUAAAGGUUUUUUAAAUUUCUCUUUUUCGGUAUUAAUUCAAAUAUGAAAUUUAUUUUUGUCUAAACAAACGUGGUCUUGAUCCAAUCGAUUGGACGGUGCAAAUUUUCUAAAUACCAUCAAAAAUUGUGUAUUGUCCAAUCGAACGAUCAUACGAACAACGCCAUCUCGCGAAGUUUAUAUUUUAUCACAAACUAUUUCUAAACGCACAUCAAUAGUAUAGACAAAAAUAUUAUAUUCGACUUCCUGUUGCUAUUUUAAUAAAAUAUACGAGUAUUGCACAGCUUACAAUUAAUGAUUCCUACAAAAUGUCUCAUACGUCUGAGUGUAAUUAUUGCGUUUUUGACAUAUGGGAGCUUUAUACAUCACAUCACCUUUAGAAUCGCUUGGUACUGCGUGAUUUCCGUAUGUCAAAAUUUCUAAAUGUCACACUUUGGCUGAUGCACAAACCGUGCUAGAGCCAAAAAAAUAAAAAAUCCACACUGUCUUGUUUCUGAAACUCACUAUAGGAAUGUAAAAUUUGUUAAAAACAACAAGUGGACAAACUAUAAAUUAUAUGAGUUUAAUUAUAGAAGAUUUUGGUUAAACUGUGCAAGGAGUCGAAUAUAAUAAUAGCUUUAACCAAACAGCAUUGAAGACUGUAACAUUGUUAUUUAUUAAGACAUUCUGUAUUACCCAACGUAUAACAUCGAUUAUAACUGUAUCAAAUAUUACAUAAGCCAUGCAACGCAAAUAUGAAAACAAUGGCGAAUAUCUUUUGUAUACCAAAAAUAUAAAUUUUGUAAAAAAAUAAUGUUUGCUCUUGAGCGGUUCUAACCGAGAAGGACUUUCAAUAUUCCUGAUUUUGAACCCUUUAUAUCGGUAAUGAAUGUCUAUAAUAAUUUGGGUGUGCAAUACACAUAUAAAUAAUGUUGGUACAAAAAUUUACAAAAGCAGGUAACGAACAUCGAAAUUAAAGUCAUUGUUUUCAUUCUUGUAAAACACACGUGAAGCUUAAAAUGUGUACAAAAUUAUCAUUACAAGUUAUUGAGUAGCUAGAAUAAUUUAGCAUAUUUCUUUAUCAAGCAAAUUAUAUUUAGGGGUAAUUUAAAUCAAUUCAGAUUCUUAAAAUAGUAUCCUUCUGAGCUUCACCGAUUUUAUAGACGUAAUGUUGUUGAGUAUAUUUAUUUAUAUUCAUGUUGCAUCUACUAGGUCUAUCGAAUAUUUUUUAAUUAUAAUUUAGAUUACUUUUAUCGUUGCUUAAAAGUUGCUUAUCAUCUCAUGUACCUUUAAGACUUCCGCAAAUACACUACAGAUAGCACUAAUAUUACGUUUAAUUUAAGGUCAAUGUCAAUCACAAAAAUAAUUAUAAAGACUAAUUAUUUUGGCCAGAGAUACAUAGACGCUUCCGUUUAACAAAUCCAAAGUUUUUAACGUAGGAGUCAUACUUAGCUCUCAAGUGUCGACUGCGAAUAUUAUCCUACUUUUGCCUAGAAUUAUCUACCUUACCUUACCCUUAUGUAGCUACAACAUAUGUAUUAGUAUGGCACAGAUCGGUCGAAAUUACUGCUUGUUGUUGACCGUAAUUGUUGUAUUUGCGGGAGAAAAUCAGUACCAUAGCUAAAUAGGAAAAUACGGCUUUAUCGAUAAGUUGGUUAAGACGCCAUCUGAUGGCAAAAUAUAACUUUUAAACUACGUAAUUUGUUACAAACAAGGAAAAUGCUUUUCCUUCAUCAAGCAAUACUAAUUUAAGUAUUUAAUUAAAAUGUUUUAGAUAUAAAUUUUAGAUAGAUAAGUGAAAACGAAUACUCAAUUUGAGAUAUGUAUAGUCUAGUUAUAAUAACGUAGAUAUAAAUUCGCGACAGCAAUAAUAUAUUUGUAUUAAAAGCUAUUAAGCGUUAAAUUUUUAAUAGCAAUUAGGUAGACAGUUGUGAAUAAUUGAGCUAGUGUUGUUAUUUUUUAUGUGAAAGAGAUUAUUUCCAGGAAACAACGUUAUAACUGAGAACUAAUAGUCGGUAUUUGCUGGAAUAAGUUGUUUCCAAUGUGUGAUAUAGGUAUGGUAAUUAAUUAAGGAUAUAGACGUCAGCUGCAUGAUUAAUAAAUUAAAGUGCAAA